CGGAGGCGGAAGAGCAUGAAGGUGCUGCAUCGCUAUGAAAUCGACCGUCUACAAAGCAACCGCGACUACGACGGGGCCGGGCUUACUGGAGCUUGGCCCGAAGGAAGAGGAGGAGCUGCCGAUGCAUCUUCACCAGCCUCCGCCUCCCCGGCAGAACCAGAUAGGCCCCAAGGCCCGGUCUAUCGUUCCAGUGGCUGCGGCUCCCGGACAACAGGAAGGUGGUGGCAGUGGCUGCUGUUGGGGCGGCCUAGUGCCCUCGCCGUGCCCGACAGGCAGUAUUCGCCAAUUGGGUGUGGGCGAUGCUGCCGGUAGCUCCCGCCCCUCCAAGUACCAGGCGGUGCUGCCCGGACACACCGCUGCUGCUACCGCCACCAAAGACGGCAAGCGCGGCGGUUCCCACGCCGGGCCUGGAGGACCUCCAGUGUCUCUCUCGCCGCCGCCUCCGCCGUUACUGUCGUCGGCUUCCGCUACGGCCGAACCUGGGCAGCCUCCUCCACCCCCAGCAGUGGCAUCCGGGGGUUCUCCGGUUUCAUCGGAACCAAGCGGCAAGUGGAAAAGUGCUAGUAGUAGCAGCAGCACCGGGAGCGGCGGCGGGAACAGCCUUCGGAAAAGCCCCAUGGGGGCCGGCGGGGGCAACUCCAGCCAGGCGGCCUGCCUCAAGCAGAUCCUACUCCUCCAGUUGGACCUUAUCGAGCAGCAGCAGCAACAGUUGCAGGUCAAGGAAAAGGAGAUCGAAGAAGUCAAAGCCGAGAGGGACACACUUCUUGCUCGAAUUGAGCGUAUGGAAAGGAGGAUGCAGUUGGUGAAGAAGGACAAUGAGCGUGACAAACACAAGAUAUUUCAAGAGUAUGAAACGGAAGAAAAAGUUGACUCUGAUAUACCAGAGAAGUUGCCUAUAGAAUGCCCACCACCAGAACUCCUGGAGACUUCCCAGCCGCUGCCUUUGAAACAUUUCCCAUGUGGAAGAAAUGGGAAGGGUCACAAACGAAAAUCUGCAUUUGGAAGUGCCGAGAGGAAAACUCCAGUGAAGAAGCUGGUAACUGAAUUCUCAAGAGUCAAAUGUAAAGCUCCAAAGGUUUCUCCAUUAAAGGAGGAACCCAGUCGUUCUUUAAUGGAGUCAAUAAGCAGACGUGAACUGCGAAGUCAGGAGACUCCAGAGAAAACACGAUUAUUGGUGGACACACAGUUGAAGUCUUCGACUCCAUCGAAAGGACCUGGAUGCCAUUCAAAGGACAAAGGCUCCUGCAGUGAAAUUGAAGAUUUGCCGUACCUUUCCACCACUGAAAUGUAUUUGUGUCGCUGGCAUCAGCCAGCUCCUUCUCUGUUGCGAGAGCCUUCUCCCAAGAAGGAGGAGACUGUAGCAAAAUUUAGAUGACAAUGUCUUUUCCAAACGACAUGCAAAGUUGGAAUUGGAUGAGAAAAGGAGGAAAAGGUGGGAUAUUCAGCGUAUCCGGGAGCAAAGAAUUUUGCAGCGACUGCAACUUAGAAUGUAUAAAAAGAAAGGAAUUCAGGAAUCGGAGCCUGAAGUUACCUCAUUUUUCCCAGAGUCAGACGAUGUUGAAAGUUUGCUGAUCACCCCAUAUUUGCCUGUUGUAGCAUUCGGCCGACCAUUACCAAAAUUAACCCCACAGAACUUUGAACUGCCAUGGCUGGAUGAACGAAGCCGUUGCCGGCUAGAAAUGCAAAAGAAACAGACUCCUCAUCGGACAUGCAGGAAAUAAAAGUAUCAGACUAGGAGAAAUCUGUCUUUGGCGAUUGGCCUGUGUCAUUUGCUGCAAAUGGCAGAGAACAGGACAUGUUUUGUUAUGUCUUUUUCUUCUACCAUCCUCCAUGAUGUAUAUUCUUGUUCAUUAUAAAUAUUUUUUAUGCUUACACUUUUCCCCCUUGGGUUUUAUGUUCACUUUUUUCAUUUUUUUUCCUUUGCUUGGUAGAAAAUAUUGGAGGUUUGUGUUGAGAGAAUAAGGUUAACAAUUUAUGGUAUGCCACCUCUGCUGAGCUGUAUUGGAUAACUGCAACCAGUACAAUCCACUUUGGGGGAAGGGGUUGUCCAUCAUAGAGCAACACAAGACACUUCAUUUGACCUAUUGCUUCUAACUGCUGUUCUAUAAAGCAUCCACAUAUUGUUUCAUGUAUUUUCUCCUGCCCCAGCUUUUUAAUGAGUUCUUUUCAUGCCUUCUGAUUCAAAUUACAAUUACUAAUCAGGUCUUGAAUUUGUAAUACUGAAUGCAGGCAGUUCUAGUAGUGAAGAGCUGCAUGUCUUCACAUCUUUGUCACAGUUCUGAUAUGUAAUUUGGCAAAAUCCAGAAAUAACCAUGAAAUGCGAGUUUGUCUCUAGAUGUUUUUCUGUUUUGUUUAACCAAAUAUCUUGUCAAAACUGUGAAACAAUUGUUACUGUUUUUUUAAAAAAUUGACAGUUUGGGUUUCCCAGUGGAAAUAUUGAGAAGUAGCUUAAACUUCAAUUUGUGAUUGUUUUAAAGUUUGGCACUUUUUAAAGCCAAUCAUAGUCCUGUAACUUUUACAGUAAGUGGAAAUCAAUACUGUCAUCUUUCCUGAGUGUAGGGAAUUCGUUUGUAAAAUCGCAUGUCCUUCUGCCUGAUCUACAUCAUUUUUGGAAGCUGCCUUUGUUUGUGUAUUGCCUGCUUAAUGGGAAUACUGAAACUUUUUUUUCCAAUGGCUAAAAUUUCUAGAUAAAUGGAGGUUUCAGUUUCUUGAAUUGUAAAAAUAAACCCUAAAUAUAAUUUUCUGCAUCAUUUAUGGAGGACACAAAAAUUGUUUCAUUGUCCAUUUUAAUUUCCAGGUGUUUCAGGACAGUUGUAGUCACACUUCUGGGCAGUUUUCCCUGGGAAUUUAAAGUACUAUUUUUUCCACCAAAGGUAGCACACUUAGUAUGAACAUUGUUAAAAGUUAUAUUCUAUGACUUGAAAUUAAAAUCACAAGAACAGAUCCUCUUUUCUGCCAUGUAGUCUAUUGUAGUUGAAGUAGUGCAAAAUGUUUGCCUGAUUUUGUUUUAAAUAAGGCUGUAUUUGGAUCUUUUGCUUUUUAGCAUGCCAGCAUGCAUCCAUAAGUGGUUAUUUUUUGUCCCCUGCCAAGUACAAGCGUGGAUGUUUCAAAGAAGCAGGUUUUUGGUAGAAGCUUCUUGAAGACAAUGUUGAUUUUAAAACUUGAUCUUGCUUUUUCUAAAGUAAUUAGAAAUGUGUCACAUGAUCAAUUCUUGAAUCAAUAUUCCAUUUUCAGAACACAGUGUUUUUGUUUAACCCACAAUAAGACAGUUAUCAGAAAUAAUUCAAUUUGUAUUCUGAAUAAAACAGCAUAUUAUCUCUUCCCUUCCCUCAAUGAACAGAAUGUUGACUCAGAAAGACUUACAAUCAGUUAUAAUACAUGCAUCAUAAAAAAGAUGACUAGGCAUAUGGAAAUAGGUAGGGUUUGUAGAAACAGUUUGCAGUGGAUGUUAGCUGGGAAUGGGCUGGAGAAAAUAGUUUCCCACCCUGUAGAGAGUUCAACAUUUGAAACUCUGUUAAUGAAAAAAGCCAAUGCAAAUUAUAUCUGGUUUUUUAAAAACAAACAUUUUAAAACCAACUUUAUAGUAGUUCUAAAAACUGUCUAUAAUUCGCCUUCCCUUGUUUUUCCGCCCUUUCAAAUGUGGUUGUCUGCAAAUGCAUUCUUUUUAUACCAUUUUCAAUAUGUAAAAUCAGUUGUCUUGUAAAUAACUUAUAAAGAAAAAGUUUGUAAAUACCAAAUUUGUGGCUGUUAAUGUUCUUUUUUUGUUUCUAAAUUGUUUUGCUUUGUUCAUUUAGUUUAAACAGUGUUAACAAGGAGUAUUAAAAGAGAAAUUCUGCUUGUAUGUUUAAACAAAAUUGAAAUAAUUUUUUUACAAUAAAAUGUAAAGAAUAUUAA